CAAUGAGAGCCAUCGCUCCUGUAGUCACCAUGGUGACGGGGUUGUGUCCGGGGAGGCUGUGAUGGGUUGACAGGUGCGUGACAAUCGGAGCUCUCUGCAAGCAUGUACGCCAAAGGCAAGAGUAACAACGUACCGUCCGACAGCCAAGCGAGGGAAAAGCUAGCACUCUACGUGUACGAGUACUUGUUACAUGUUGGAGCCCAGAAGUCGGCACAGACCUUCCUGUCAGAGAUAAGAUGGGAGAAGAACAUAACAUUAGGAGAACCUCCAGGAUUCUUACAUUCAUGGUGGUGUGUAUUCUGGGAUUUAUAUUGUGCGGCACCUGAAAGGAGAGAAACCUGUGAGCAUUCCAGCGAAGCAAAGGCAUUCCACGACUAUAGUGCAGCAGCAGCUCCGAGUCCUGUCCUUGGAAACAUGCCCCCAGGAGAGGGGAUGCCGGUCGGCCCCGUUCCUCCGGGCUUCUUUCAGCCUUUCAUGUCAUCACGUUAUCCUGGCGGCCCCAGACCUCCUCUCAGAAUACCCAACCAGGCGUUAGGUGGAGUCCCUGGAAACCAGCCGAUGUUACCCAGUGGCAUGGACCCAUCGAGACAACAAGGUCAUCCAAAUAUGGGCGGGGCUAUGCAGAGAAUGACUCCGCCCCGAGGGAUGGUACCUCUUGGGCCACAGGUAAGCCCAUCACACCCGUAUGUUUGGAUGGCUCAUCUAAACUGUUCGCACGGACACUUUUUACUACAUUUCUUUCUAUGGUUUCAGGCAUAUGGAGGAGGCAUGAGACCACCACUCAAUGCUCUUGGAGGACCUGGGAUGCCUGGGAUGAACAUGGGUCCCGGAGGGAGGCCGUGGGCAAAUCCACCAAAUUCCAACUCGAUCCCGUACUCCUCGGCAUCUCCAGGGAGUUAUGUGGGUCCACCCGGAGGAGGAGGGCCCCCGGGGACUCCCAUCAUGCCUAGCCCUGCAGACUCCACAAACUCGGGAGAAAAUAUUUACACUAUGAUCAACACAGUGCCGCCCGGAGGAAACAGACAAAAUUUCCCUAUUGGUCCGGGUGGAGAUGGUCCAAUGGGCAGCAUGGCAGGAAUGGAGCCUCAUCACAUGAAUGGAUCAUUAGGGUCAGCUGACAUGGACAGUAUGUCUAAGAACUCUCCUGGUAACCUAAGCAUGAGCAACCAGCCUGGGACUCCUCGAGAUGAUGGAGAAAUUGGCGGGAAUUUUCUCAACCCUUUCCAGAAUGAGAGUUAUUCUCCAAACAUGACCAUGAGUGUGUGAAGACCUCAUUUGGAAAUCCACCACGUGACAUGGAACUUGUGCAAGCGCGCUGUAGCCAGCCCUCUUCUGCUCUCUGAAGAAUAUGGGUCCAAGCCUCCCCUUUCUCUCUCAUUCCUUCAUUUCCUUUUUUCUUCCAACAUCAUUCUUUCACCUCCUCGGCCGCGUCACACCGAGAGACCAAGCUGAACCACGUUGGGGCGAGAACGACGAUUCAACAACCUGUCUAUAUUUACGUAUAUCUUUGUGUAUAUAUGUGGGUGUACAUUCAAAGUUACAUGUGCAUGUGUAUGAAAGGACAUAUAUUGAUCCUAGAACGAAAGACGAUGGACUUGAACUGUUUUUAACGAAAACAAAAAUCAUAUUUUGUAAAUCGACAGAUCUAUGUAAACCGAUUUAUUGCAGGAAACAUUUAUUAAGAUGCAAGGGGGGGAGGGGGUCAAGUUGGUAAAAUGACAUAAUCGCAAUGCUAAAAAAUAAAUUACGACGAGAGAGUUUGAGUCAUAUUUUAUUGAAACAGAGUAGAGUUGUCACUAACAGAAAUGUGUUCGUAAUUCCAGCUGACGUCUGUGAUUUAUCAUUUAUCAUUUGCUCCUCAAGUGCAGCCCAAUCUGAUCGUCACUCUGGAGGUUUUGUUUGUAUAUAAAGGAGAUUUAUUUUUCAGGACGAUGCCUACGAAGAACAGCCAUUCCAUAUGUUCGCUUCAAAAAAAUCCAACCGGGCGACACCAGAGGAACGUCCCCCGAAACUGAGAUCGUCGCACUAGCUUCAGUCACCGUAGAAUAUUUCUGUCAUGUUUUGAAAACACUCCUGAUCAUGUAACGUACACGGAUACAGCGUUUACCGCUCUUGUAUUACAACGUUUUCUUUGUGAAAAUCUUUGCAUGUGAAUAUGGGAAGGAAGGAAAAUUUUAUGGAAAAAUGAGACUGGUCCAUUCAGAGGAAGGAAUUAUAAUUCCGUACAUCUGUCAUUCUAAUAAUCGACUUAUUUAUACAGCCGUUGUUGUGUCACCCGGAGAAACUGUGAUUUGCUUUGUUUUAGUUUUUAGUUUUUUUUCAAGUGGAAUUAUUAUUAUUAUUAUUAUUGCAGAUUUUCUCAAAUAUAUAUGUGAAUUUUUUAUAGCUUGGGGAUCUGAUUCAUCUGUGUCUCUGUGAAUUAUUUAAAACAAUACUGUACAAUAACAGGUGUUUUCGUGUUUAUUUGUAAUAACUUUUGCCCGAUUUUUUUUUUCCUGACUAUGAGAGGGAUCCCACCAUGAGUGUACAACAUUUUCAUUUGACUUACUUGAUGUUUGAUUUUGUGAAGUGUUUAUUUUCUACCUUGUGUUGACUUUUGUAAAUACACAGAGAAGUUUUGGAUAUACUAUACUGAUAUAAAGCUUCUCAUUGCUGUUUAACAGACUGUCAAAUCA